AACGCCCCCAAAUUGCCUGGUUCUGAUGGUUGCCUUAAGAACUCAGUUUGAUGGUACAGGCAGGUGAUUACCACACUUUGAUUCGAGGUAGAUUUAGUAGACUUAGUAUUCAGUGUAAAAUUAUUCAAUGAAAUUUGUGGCUUCUUUUUAUAAUGUUACUGUCAUAAUUAAUGGUGUUGGGAGGAUUUCAUGGAUUCAUAUUUAUUGUUACAGUCUCACACCAACCUUGGAUGUCAGCGAUAUCGAAUAUGUUUCUGCUGCUGACCCGCCUGACGGCAACGAAGCUAUCAGUCCCGCAACUGAACCUGGGAGGUCAGCGGCGCCUAAGCCUCGAAAAGGACGGAAGAGGUGCACUCAAAGACAGGAGGAGAUUGACCAGGCGCUCGCAAAAAUGAUCGCUAUUAACCAAAUGCCUUUGGCAUUCACAACCAGUACCGGAUUUAGGCAUUUUAUGGGUGUCGUGGAGCCAAGUUAUAAGCCACCUUCAGUUGGUAAGCUGAAAAAUCGAAUUAAGCUUCUGCAUAAUCAGUUGAGAGAGGAAAAUAGGGUCUCAAAUCGACUCAGCCACAACUGUGGCGCUCACUUCAGACUGUUGGACGUCGAGGGCGCAGGAUUCAUAUAUUACAGUGACUGCGCACACUCUGGGCAGUGAGCGGAAGUCGCAAGCAUUCACUUUAGCAACGGAGGAGAUGCCAGAGCGCCACACAGGAGAAAACAUCAUGCAGCGAAUGCAGGACGUAAUCUCGGGAUGGAAGUUGGACGGCAAGGUCACGGCUGUAGUCACUGAUAAUGCACCUAAUGGCAUUAACGCUGUGAAUGCGCUAGAAGGUAUUUUAGAGACAAAUGAUGUCACCUGUUCUGCGCACAGUCUCCAUCUGAGCAUCAAAAAAGCCCUGUCUAACAAAGAGAUCGAGGAACUCUGCCAGAAGAGCGGAAGAUUGGUUGCACAUUUCCGGCAUUCGACCAUCGCCAGUGACGAGUUGAGUAGGCGACAGGAUCCGAGCUACUCGGCUUACCCACAGAGCGCCUCACGCAAAGCUGCCCGACAAGAUGGAGCUCGACUUACCAGAUGCUCACAAAGCUCAUCAAGCACCGGUCUGCCAUACAAAGUGUUCUUGCUGAGAACAAUUGUCACAGCAAAAACUGCGCAGAACCUCGAGAUCAGUCAGCAAGAAUGGAACGUAAUCAGUGAACUUUGCGAAGUCCUUGAGCCUCUUCAUCUUGCAACUACCAUUCUCUGCAGCGACACGAUGUCCCCUGUCUCCAUGGUUCGGCCAGUAAUGAAAGCAGUAAUGAAGAAACUAGAGCAUCACAGCACGGAUGACUUUCAAGUCGAUGAUUUCAAAGAAGUGGUUCGGAUGGAGAUAUAUCGGCGAUUCUCCUUGGACUGGGACGCCCAGCAGAGCUCGGUGUCUGCACGCCAGAGGGCAUCUUUCCUCGAUCCGAGGUACAAAUGGCUCCAGUAUGAGGAACCGGAUGCCAGGGAGACAAUCCGUACCAAUGUUAGACAAAUGUUGAACGACUUCACAUCUUCAGUUCAUGAAAGUGGGAUGGGCACUACCCAAACCGAAGCAACUGCACUAGACAUACUGUUUAAUGAACAGCCGCGCGUCAGUGACCUGUCAGCUCAAUUUGACGCACACCUCUCCGAGCCCCAGCUGGGACACAACUUGGAUGCACUUAAAUGGUGGAAGGACAAUGAAUCCAAAUUUCCCCUUGUGGCGGAACUUGUAAAAAAAUACAUGUGCAUCCCAGCCUCAUCCGCAAGUUCGGAGCGGGUAUUUUCAACUGCCGGAAAUAUAAUCACUGCCAAAAGAAGCUGCCUUCUACCGGAAAAUGUAAGCUCCCUCGUGUUCUUGUAUCAAAAUAGGGCGUACAUGGAUGUCUAAAAAAUUAC